UUGUGAUGAUACAGUAUUGAAAUUAAUUGUUGUGUGUAGUGAAUGUGUCAAACGUUAUUCGUCGAUGGGCAUUGAUUUGUGGUCUCACAUAGUUUGUGGUAAAAUCGUGCGUGCUUCGUAACAGUAAUGAGAUGAUGACAGCGAAGAGGAAAAACUAUUGACUGAUCUAAAUGUGAGAUGUGUAUUGCAGUGAUGUGGUAUAUUGCUGCUGUAGCACCAACCGAAUACCGUCUUUAAUCGUUUAAAAAUUGUGUCUAGGCGAGUUACGAAAAACUGAAGUGCAAUGUCUGGACGACCACUGAAGUGCCCUCACUUGGCCAGCGUCGAUGUUACUCACGCAGAUAUUGAGAAAGCGAAGGAGAUCAGCAAAUGUUCACUUUGUGAGUCUCGUGGACCAAACCUGUGGCUUUGUGUCCACCGAGGCUGCUUACAGAUUGGCUGCGGAGAAGUACAUAAUGAUCACAGUACUGCGCAUAACAAAAGCAAUCGUAGCCACUGUGUACACCUUAAUUUAUCAACGUUGCGUGUAUGGUGCUACCUGUGUGAAACAGAAGUGUUACUUGAACUGCCAGAUACAGGGUCAGCACUGAAUUGCAAAGUUCCUCAGGUGUACAAUGCACCAUCAGUUCCUUCACCUGCUGGAUCGAUAACAGGAGGUCACUUUGGCGGAGGAGAGUCGGCUGAGAGCAGUGAUAGUGAUAUCAGCAACCAGGAGGAUGAAGGCAAACCCAGGGGACUCACAGGCCUGCAGAAUAUCGGCAACACAUGUUACAUGAAUGCUGCAUUGCAAGCUCUGUCGAACACACCACCGCUGACACAGUUCUUCUUGGACUGUGGGGCCUUUGUGACAAGUCGCACAGGCACGACAGGUUCUGGUGAUAAGAAGCCUGGUCUUUCACGAUCGUACCACAGGUUAAUCCAGGAGAUGUGGCAUUCUCGCCGUCCAGGAUAUGUUGUACCUUCUGCCAUUCUGUAUGGGAUCAGAAACGUACACCCAAUGUUUCGUGGCUAUCAGCAACAUGAUACCCAGGAAUUCUUGCGAUGUUUCAUGGACCAGCUGCAUGAAGAAUUGAAGGAGCCAGUAGUGGAUAUUUAUCCUGAGAAACCAGUUCCCCCACAUGAUGACAAUCAGCACAUUAGGCGAAAUUCCUUUGAAGACAUUUCUGAUGAGGAUGAUGAACAUACUGGCGGUAGAGGAAGUGGAGGCGGUGGAAACUCUAGCCAAUCUGAAGCUGAAUAUGAAACAUGUGAUUCAGGUGUGAGUGAGAGGUCUUCAUUAAGUGACGAAGGGGAAAGAUCAUCAAGCAAAAACAGUAUUCACAGAUCCAGAUCUCCAUCUCCUUCUGAACGUGGGUCUCGUCUGUGCAAACCUACUUCAGCAGCUUGCAAUCGUGGACCUUCCUGUUUGCCGUCUUCUGCUCCCGGGCCUGGAGCGUCACGCAAGAAACACCCCGUUAAGCACCGGAGUAUCAUUUCUGAUGUAUUUGAUGGAAAGCUGCUGAGUUCUGUGCAGUGCCUUACAUGCGAUAGGAUAUCAACACGUGUUGAGACUUUCCAAGACCUAUCAUUGCCGAUUCCAAGCAGAGACCACAUUCACAUGUUACAUCAAGGCUCCUUAACUCCACAGAAAGGAGGACUCUCAGCUUGUUCUGAUGUCUACACAGGAGACCAGGGUUGGGUAUCCUGGAUCUGGGAAUGGGUACGAAGCUGGUUUUGGGGUCCCACAAUCAGUUUGCAUGACUGUCUUGCUGCAUUCUUCAGUGCAGAUGAACUUAAAGGAGAUAAUAUGUACAGCUGUGAAAAGUGCAAUUUACUUCGAAAUGGUGUCAAAUACUCCAAAGUUCUGGAGUUGCCAGAAGUUCUCUGCAUCCAUCUGAAGCGAUUUCGGCACGAGUUAAUGUACAGCUCCAAAAUUGGAAGUUAUGUAUCUUUCCCUCUGGAAGGACUUGACAUGAGACCCUACCUACAUAAAGAUUGUGUCUCACAAGUCACUAGUUACGACUUGAUGUCCGUGAUUUGCCACCAUGGAACAGCUGGUGGUGGUCACUACACCUGUUACUCCCUGAACUGUAUCAGUGAGCAGUGGUUUGAAUUUGAUGACCAGUAUGUUACACAAGUGUCUCCUGAAACAGUCCAGAACUGUGAGGCAUAUGUUCUCUUCUACAAGAAAUCAUGUGAUGAGAUUGGAAAGAAACGCCAGCGAGCUGUUGAACUCAUUGAACUCUCAUCCAAUGAACCAUCUCUAGAUUUCUAUGUCUCCAAGCAAUGGGUCAACAAAUUUAACACAUUUUCAGAGCCAGGCCCUAUUGACAACUCUGACUUUCUUUGUGCUCAUGGCAGAGUGCAGCCUUCCAAAGCUGCGGAUAUGCACCAGCUGUGUACCAUAUUAUCACAGCCAGUAUGGGAGUACCUGUAUGAGACGUUUGGUGGUGGUCCUGCAUGCAACUUCCUCCGUGCUUGUGCCACAUGCCAAGAAGAACAAGAAGUUUUACAGAGGCGUAUAAAACAAGAGCUCCAGGAAUUCAUGCAGCUCAUCAAAGAUUUUCAGGCUGACGAAGGACCAAGUGUGAUAUAUGCCAUAUCUAUGAGCUGGUUUCGGCAAUGGCAAAAUUUUGUUCGUGGCAAAGAACCUGAGCCUCCUGGUCCCAUUGAUAACAGUUCAAUUGUCACGACCAAGAAUGGACAGCCUGUUGUCAAGAUGGUUUCAGAUUAUGCUCAACUAUCAGAAGAACUGUGGUAUUUCUUUAAACGUAUUUAUGGAGGAGGACCUGAAGUUGUGUUUCGGUCACCAUAUGCAGGAGGUCCAGCAGUGAGUUGCACUACUGCUUCAGGCAUUGGCCGACCUUGUUAUCCAGGUACAGUGUCGGCAACACCUGAUGGGAGUUUGGCAGCUGCCAUUAAGGCCCGCAGCACAGACAACAUAGAUACUGGGCUAUAUUCAUCUGCAAAUACAGCUGUUAUGGGCCGACAGACCAGAGCUCAAAGUGCCAGUUCUGACAACACAGCACUACGUUCAGCAGCCAGGAAUGCUUCAGUGCACAGAAAGCAGCAACAACAACAACAGUCAUUAGAUACAACUGUGGAUAUGGGUACAUAUUAUCAGAACUUCUUGUGCAAGCACAAUGAUUUUUCAUCUGGAUCAUUUGGUGUUACCAUUACUGCUGAUGACCCGAUGCAUCCUGCACCGGUGACCUCAGAAAAAGACUCUGGAAUAAUCCUUGGUAAGGAACUAGGAGCCAGCGACACAUUGUAUUCCCCUGUCACUGAAACUAUUGUGCAGAACACUUGAACAGAAUUGUAACUUGUAUGCGCUUUCAGUUCACUAGUCAUGUUGUACAUUGUAGUUCUGUGAAGUAUGUAUAAAUAGGGCUUACUUGUGUUACAGUUAAAAUAUGACAUACCGACAAAGACUUUUUCACCAAUUUAUUAGAUGUAAUUAUAGACUUUUGUUGAUAAAUGCCAUUGCAAAUAAAUAUAUGCAUUUAUGAUAUGUCUUGUUCCUCAUAUAUAUAUACGUCUGGCAAAAUUUUCACUUUCCUGUGCAAAAUUAAUCAAUAUUUUGCUCCAUUGGAAAGGAAGAACUGCAGAUGGGAAUGUAGCAAUGAGGGUAAUGAAUUUGUACAAGUAUUGUGAAGGAAAUUGUGUUCAUUUCUCAGUUUAUGUAAAAUGCUUACUGCUCUAUUGUUGGGGCUAAAUUAUAUGCUAUGUGUAGAUUUAUUUUCUCUUUUCUUCCUGUGCUAGUAAAUUGUUCAUGAAAAUUUUGACUGUUUUAGUCUCAGUGGAAACAUUCAUUAUUGCUCAUAUUUGCUUCAUUUGCGAUGGAUGUAGCACUUUUUCAUGUGGUUUAAAUGAUUUCAGAAUUACUGUGCUAUGAAACAUACCAAUGGUAUUAUUAGAUCUGUACUUAUUCAGUAUGUAUGUCUUUCACUCAGAGCUGAGAGAAAAGUACAGGUGUAAUAUCAAUCUUUUUCUAUUGGUGCAAUUAUCAGCUUUUCCUAUGUUAUCUGGAACAUUGUUAAUAGCAAUAAUGGUAGUUUGAUGACUGUUUAUUGAAUGAAAAGAAAUGGCAAACUUUUUCUUAAUAUAGGGCCAGUAUUUUAUGAGAAAUAGACAAUGUCUGUACAUGCAGAAGCUAAUGGAAAAUGUGUAGUAUUCCACAAAAAUUAGAAAUAACAAUUAGUUAUAUCUUUUAUAUGAUGAUGAUGAUGUGUGUGUGUGUGUGUGUGUGUGUGUGUGUGUGUGUGUGUGUGUGUGUGUGUGUAUGUGUGUUAUAUAUAUUGAAUUUAUCUACCAAAGACCUAAUGUAUUUUACCACACACAAAUAUCAGUUUCUGAAGAUUAUAGUGCAUCUGUGUUUGUAAUUAUUAAUAAUAUUAUUAUUUAUAGUCUAAAGCAUUCUAUGGUUGGUAUGAAAAGUGCUUAUUAGUUCAUAUGUAUGUGUGCUGUAUAUUUGUUUUCAGUAUUACAGACUGUUAGGUCUUUCAAGCUGUAUUUAAGUAUAGCAAGGAUUCACUCACAGCCCCAGUGUAUAAACUCAAUAUUAUUUAUGCCUGAGAGUAACUGUAUUUUAUGUUGUGUAAAUGUUGGUCUUUCUCAUUUAGUUGUUAUACUGUUUCAUUCCUUUAAUACAACUUGUGUCUUUUGUUAAUGUUGACUUUGUGGUUGUAAAUUUACCUGUGAAUGGGAAUUGUUAAACAUUUUUUGUAGAGAUCAAGUAUUUCGUAAGUAUGCCAUUCCAUUAUUGAGCAUUAGCACAUUGUUACAAAGGGGGAAGGGGGGGGGGGUGCCCUCCACCCCCACUUUCUUCAUAUGCUCCACCAGUGUUACAGUUUUCACUGUUGCUAUUGUCUGGCUGAUAAUACUAUUACUAUUAUUAUUUUUUAUAGCAGAUCGCAUUUACUCCCCAUCAUGUUAUUGCAACUGCUAAACAUUUGUAUUUGACUGUUUUAAUGUAUCAGUUAUAUUUUAUUUCUCUGGUUGAAAAGAAAAAUGAGGUUCUGUAAAUGAACAAGAGAAUAGAUUUCAUGGAUGUACUGUAACUAGCCUAUAAUCUUGAAGCUGUGGUAAAGAAAUAAUAGUUUAAACAACACUAAUGGCAUGCAGACCACUUUUCAUCAUUUAUUGUGCUUGACACUGAUUUAUAACAUUGUUUUUGCAUUAUAAUUUAUUUCAAUUGGUUGUGUCAGUUUUUUGUCAAUGAUUAAAAAAACUUAACUAAAAAUGUAGUCCACAUGAGAUUAACUGUACC